CUGAGCUAUGCCUAAGCUGGGAUUGAUGGAGAAUCCAAUUUAGGAAAACACCCUUGAUGAAGAAAGCAUGAAGCAAAGAGAAAAUUUUGCACCGAUGUCUCCAAGUGUGAUGGCACAGUAACGCAGGGACCGUCUCCAGGAGGAUUCCGGGGCACUCCAGAUCCCUGGGGAUAAAAGGGGAGCCUUGAUUCAGCCCCGAGCAUCUGAGCUGGCUGUGGUGGAGGAUUACGGGAGCUGUUUUGAUCAGGGGAAAAAUUCUGUUUUUAGCACAGGCAGCAAUUAAAAUAGCUCGUGAAUCUAAACACCUCGGGGAGCUGUCAUAAAAGGAGGCAGAAAAUCCAUCUUCUGGACUCUUCUGCAGCCAGAGAUGAGCCUGGAGAAAGCAGAGGAGACGAGAGCUUGAGGUUCACCUGGUGAAAAAGGACAACCCGAGACAUCGAGCCGGAGACGCCAAUUUGAUCUCGAGAUGGCUGAGGAGGAUCUCCGGGGUUCCGGCACCCCUUUCUCGCUCUCCUUUUCCGGCAGUGGCUUUCUCGCCCUGUACCAGGUCGGGGUGGUGCAGUCCCUCCUGGAGCUGGCUCCCGAAGUGCUCAAGUCCGCCUGCAAGGUCUACGGCUCCUCUGCCGGCUCCCUCAUCGCCGCCGCCGUGGUGUGCGGCAUCGGCCUUGAUGACCUAAAGGAAUUUUUCUUUGCCAUGGCAACAGAGGUCAGGAAAACCAUCCUGGGCCCUCUCUCCCCCAAGUGCAGUUUGCUGGCGAAUAUCAAGACCGUUUUGCAGCGGAUGCUACCAGAGGACUCCUACCAGCUGGCUUCAGGGCGGCUGCACAUCUCGCUCACGCGGGUGAUGGACGGCCAAAACGUCAUGGCCUCUGAGUUCAGCUCGAAAGAGGAGCUCAUUCAGGCUCUCCUCUGCAGCUGCUUUCUUCCUAUCUACUGUGGAUUCAUCCCUCCGUCCUACCGGGGUGUGCGAUACGUCGAUGGAGGAUUCACCGGCCUGCAGCCUGUUUCCAGCCUGGAGGAAGCUGUCAUCACUGUGUCCCCAUUCACGGGAGAGCUGGAUAUCUGUCCACGAGAUUGUCCCGCUAUCUUCUUCUGCUUCCAGAUCUUCAACGGCAGCAUUCAGAUCUCGAUAGAAAACCUCUGCAGGAUUAGCUAUGCUCUCUUUCCACCCAGCACCAUGGUCUUGAAUGACAUUUUCUCCCAAGGGUACCAGGACACUGCCCUUUUCCUGUACAGGAACAAUGCCUUUGGCUUUAACUACUUUGAUGGCAAUUUCCGCUUCGCCAGCAUGUGUGGGAAGAACGACUCUGCACAAUCCAACGGGAUGUUCACUGGCCUAUGCAAAAGGGUACCGCAGCGUCUGGCUCCUUGCUUCCUGCCAGGCUUGGCUCUGUGGAAGAAGGAACAGGUGACUGGACUUCAGGAUCCACUGUCAAAGCUCCUGUUGCAGCCAUACAGGCUGCCAGCCUAUGCCAGGAAGGGGCUGAAGAAGCUGUGGGGGCUGCUGGAAGGUAUCAGCUCCAUGGUAAAAUGGUGCCAGAAGCUCCUCCAAACCAUGGUGCCUGGUUUGCCUACGAGAGCCGUGGCCAGGAGGUAACCGUCCCGGAUGGGCGCUGGGGGUCUCCGACACCACGCGAUCCUGCUGCCCCGGGAAGCGGUGGGCAACACCGCAGUUCAUUUCACACAGUGGCACAGCUGCUGGUUUUUAUGGAGCAUUUUGGGGGUGUUUUUUUCCCUUGGGGAAACUGGCUGAUUUUGUUCCCAGUGCUGCUGCAGUCUCCCUGCCCGGGCCCGACCUGCUCUAACGUGACGGCUGAACCGCAGUCUGCGCAGGGGACACUGGGCAGCUUUACUUGCAUCUACAGCCCAGCCACCGGUUUCCCCAGCCACUCCGCUUGCCGAUCACCAGCAGCAUCCCUCCCCCUGCUUUAAUGCAGAUUACAGGGCAGACAUUUGCCUGGAAACGUCAUAUUUUAAGUGUUUUCCUCCCACCCAAAAACUCUCAGAGAGAUUCAUCAAACAGAAAACAGAGAGAGGGAAAAGCCUUAGGGAGCAUCACACUGGGCAGGAACUCAUUUUUAUCCAGUUUCUUGAAGUUAUUUUACCAAUUACCUAUUCUUGAGCUUCAUACACCCUCGGAGACCUGCUUCUCCUGCCAGUGGAGGUAGGCACACAUUCGGACCCCUCUGAGUUUGCAGCUGUGGAGAGGGAUGGAGAAACCUAAGGAUUAAACUUCCCUUAAUUCAAAGGCCACAGUCUUGCAGACUGCAUCUCCCAUUGCACCGGGAGAGCUCACAUUUCACAAAUACAUUAGUUCUUUCCAUGCAGUUUUCUGUAAUUCGCUGCUGUGAACAGUGUAUGGUUCAGACAAAUACAUCUCGUGUUGCUGGUCUGUAUGUAGAAUGAGUUGGCACUUAUCAUCCCAAAUCCAUUUUGCUCAUCAGAGGCUGAUGGAUUGGCUGUACCCCAACUAUCUCCCCCCGUUUGUUGGUUCCCGAUGGGCAACAAAUGGAUCACAACAGCACAAGCUGUUUAUUUGAAUAAACAGCUUGUUUAAUCGCAAAAAGGGAAAUGGCACAGAGGGAAGUUUCAUCCGAAGUGCCCUAGAGACUGCAGGCAUGAACGUGGGGAAUAGCUGAAGGCUGCAUUGAUGUAAACAGAUUCAAAGUUAACUAUGAAUGCUCAGUGAAAGGUUAAUAUAAUAUGUUCUGCUAUCUCUGGUUGCAAUCAAUCACCUGGGAAUAGUAAGCAAUGAGCUUACUAAAAAAAACCUGGAUGCUUAUUUACACUGGAUCCAUCAAAACCUUCUCCUGUCUCUCCUUCCAUCCUGGAUGGAUUUGCAUCUCUCAACCCCCAGCCAAAGCUGGGCUGCUCAAAACCGUCUCAUGAACUGUGACUGUUCCUGCCACCGAUGGCAGUGGAGAGGGCGCAGAGACACCCACUGCUCCCUGGGCAGGAAUGGGGUCAGUCCCACUUCUGCAACAGCCCUUCUACCAGGCUCCUGGCCUUCCUAGUGAGCACCACCGCAGGCAGGGUCUAACCAUUUCAGUCAGCCUCAGGCAGGUACAUUAUCCCUAUUCAAAUGGGAAUUAAAAUCCCCCAAAGAAAAUUCUCAUAUAGGAACUGGACAUCCAAAUCCGCUAAAAUUUGUCUGCAAAUCUCAGCCACAAACACGAGCAUGGUUUGAACUAGACAGUGCAUCCCACCUGCCCCUACACGGCUUGUUCAUAAAAAGUUAGUAAAACUUUGAGAACUUUAACAAAAAAGCAGCCUACAAGGAACAUCCAAAACAAUAAAUGGUCACAGCACAGAGCCCUCUUGCUCCAAAUCUGCAGAGAUGUGCUAAGAUGUAAGUAUUUAAUGACUCAUAAUUGAAAUCAGCUGUCUUUUGCUUUAUUAAUCCCCCAUCUUUUCAAGCAAGCACACUUGAUGCUGUCUCCUCUGCAUGAGCUUGGAGCUAACGGCAAAAGGAGGCUUUGCCAGAGGCAAUGGAGAGAGACAAAGUUGGGAAUCUCUUCGAAUCACCUUGUACAUCAGCUUGUUUCACCCCUAGGGAAGCAAGCUGGGAAAGCCAGCUGCACCCAGUUCAAACCAGCUGCAAUAGAGCCUGUCUUCAGCCUGAAAUGCCUGGUCUUGGGAGUCACCUGGGGGCUGUGGGGGAUAAGAUGGGUGUCGUGGCCCUGCCUGUGCUGGUGACAUUGCUGCCACUGUAUGCUCUUCAGUGCAGCUCGGGGUCUGCCUGCAGGCUGGGCUGCAAGCUGCUCUUUCUCUCUCUAAAACGUGAACUGGGGGUAAAGGCAGCAGCGGGGUCAAAAAUGCUCUUCUGUGGCUGUCAUGGCCCUGAGGGGAGUAAAACCAUAUUGUCAGUCUGACAGACACUUCUGGCGGUUCUUGUGAGACAAAAUGGACUCAAAUACCCGAUCAGGGCUGCUUCCCUCCCUCCUGUUCUCUAAAGGGUAAUAGGAUAAGCAGGUUUUGGCCUCCUUAAAAUAUUGCCCUCAUACCACUGUCCCGUUGCUUGCCCUGGUCUGCGUUGAACUCAGCAGAGAUGUAAAGCCUGAGGUGGAUGGGAUGCGAGUCUGGAGACAACCCAAGUCAGCAGGAGCUCUCUAAAGCUAGACCCCACUGCAGAGCUAGAGGGAAGGGGGGUCCUGGGGCCUGAUCCAUGCAGCCAAGCCAAAUGAAAACCAACGCGUGCCCAACCCUGGCUGCGUCUCUGGCUGUUGGAUGCAGGUACUUUGUGCCAGACUCUGCUUCUAGUCUCGAUUCUAACAAGGGUGCAAUUCGUUGUGCGACUCUCCUGGUGGGCACAUGGAUAAAAAUGCAACUGUUUGUGGUUAACCUGCUACUCCUGAGCAAGCCCGAGCCUUGCUGGUGUGCAGGCCCUACCGCAGCAGCAGCCCUUUGGAGAUAUUCUGACUUAUUCAGGAAAAUGGGUGCAAGCUGUGUGGAGGUUUAUACCCUUGUUUAUUUGGUAACAUGAAUGAUAUUACAGUAUUGUGCAGAUAACCAGUAAAAUAGACUUUUCCUGGCCUAGAUCAUCAGGGCUUUUCCUUCCCAGACCUGAAAAAUCCUACGUGGUUCUCCCCUGGAGACUGAGAGCCCUGACUUACCUCUUGGUUGCUCUGGCCUAACAAAUGAGUCUUGAUUCCUUCCACGGGUGACCUUAGGUUGGUGAAAAAUGUUGCAGCCCAGCUGCAAACCAGAAACCAAGAGACUCCUGAGAGCCCAAAGCCUGACUAACCUCCAAAGGAACCUGGUUCCAACUAUGUUGCUUUCAAAAGCUCCAUAUAGUUCAGACUGAUGAAGCCUUUAAAAAAGCAAAAGCAUGGAAACAAAUUGUACAGCCCAACGCUGUGUCCUGCAUUUCUAUAGUGGGUCUCUUUCCAUAGGUAGAGUUGUUUUGUUUUCAAUGGAAAUGUCAUCUUUGCUUUUAUUUUACGUUUUCCAAACUUUUAUUUUUAGAUCUGGAAUGGUAACGGUCCUGUUCUUUCCCCUUUAUAUUCCUCAUUUGGUAUGUUCCUUGUAGCUACAGCAGAACAACAUACAGGUCAUUUUUCACUAUUUCUUUAAUUUAUGUGGUGACAUUUUAAACCAUUAUGAUGUUUCCUAAGCUGACAAAUUCUGAAAUA